AUGAAUAAAGAAACUGCAAAAUAUGAUUUAGAAAAUAGUUCUAUAGGAGAACUAAAAAAGAUCAAAAAUGAGGACAAAAGUACCUUUGAAAAAGUAAAACCAUUUAUGGUUGGAGGAGUAAGUGGAAUGUUUGCAACAUUUUGUAUCCAACCACUGGAUAUGAUAAAAGUAAGAAUUCAAUUAAAUGCUGAAGGAAAAAAUGUAGUAAGAAAUCCAUUUGUAGUAGCUAAAGAUAUAAUUAAAAAUGAAGGAGUAUUAUCAUUAUAUAAAGGAUUAGAUGCAGGAUUAACUCGCCAAAUUGUAUAUACUACGGCAAGAUUAGGAUUAUUUCGUACCUUCUCAGAUAUGGUAAAAAAAGAAGGUGAACCCUUACCUUUUUAUAAAAAAUGUUUUUGUGCUUUAGCAGCUGGGGGGUUAGGAGCAUUUAUUGGAAAUCCAGCAGAUUUAUCAUUAAUUAGAUUACAAGCAGAUAAUACUUUACCUAAAGAAUUAAAAAGAAAUUAUACUGGUGUUUUUAAUGCAUUAUAUAGAAUAUCUAAGGAAGAAGGUAUUUUAUCACUAUGGAAAGGAUCGGUACCAACUAUUGCUAGAGCGAUGUCUUUAAAUUUAGGUAUGCUAUCAACAUAUGAUCAAUCAAAAGAAUAUUUAGAAAAACAUUUAGGCUCUGGUAUGAAAACUAACUUAGUUGCAAGUGUUAUUAGUGGUUUUUUUGCUGUCACAUUAAGUUUGCCUUUUGAUUUUGUUAAAACAUGUAUGCAGAAAAUGAAAGUAGAUCCAGUUACGAAAAAAAUGCCAUAUAAAAAUAUGCUUGAUUGUGCAUAUAAGAUGUACAAAAAAGGGGGCAUCUCUAUUUUUUACUCAAGUUACACCACAUAUUACGUUCGUAUUGCACCACAUGCUAUGAUUACUCUUAUAACAGUUGAUUACAUAAAUAAUAUUUUAAAAAAAUUUUCCUAG